AUGGGGCACAGGGGCACACCACACUGCCCAGGGAUGCACCCCCACUGGACAGCUGAUGGAUGCACUGAUUGGUCAGUGGAUUACAAGAAAUAUCAAGUCUUAGUAGGAGAACCUGUUCGUAUAAAAUGUGCAUUGUUUUAUGGAUAUAUAAGAGCAAAUUACACCUUAGCACAAAGUGCUGGACUCAGUUUGAUGUGGUAUAAAAGCUCUGGACCUGGAGACUUUGAAGAACCUAUAGCUUUUGAUGGAAAUAGAAUGAGCAAAGAGGAAGAUGCCAUUUGGUUUCGUCCAACAGUAGCACAAGACAGUGGACUUUAUGCAUGUGUCAUAAGAAACUCUACUUACUGUAUGAAAGUAUCCAUUUCACUGACAGUGGGUGAAAAUGACACUGGCCUCUGCUACAAUUCGAAGAUGAAAUACUUUGAAAAAGCUGAACUUAGUAAAACCAAGGAAAUCUCAUGCCCUGACAUACAGGAUUUUUUAAUACCAUACAGGGAUCCUGAAAUCCUGUGGUAUAAGGAAUGCCAAGUGAGAACCUGGAGACCAAGUAUUCUGUUCAAAAAGGACACUCUUAUUAUGCGGGAGGUCAGAGAAGAUGAUAUUGGAAAUUAUACUUGUGAAUUAAAGUAUGGACUGUUUGUUGUCAGAAGAACUACAGAAUUAACAGUUACAGCUCCACUGACAGAAAAACCACCAAAGCUUUUGUACCCUUCAGAGACCAAACUGACAAUUCAAGAGACACAGCUAGGCCAUUCUGCUAAUCUUACCUGCCGAGCAUUCUUUGGAUACAGCGGAGAAGUCAGUCCUUUAAUGUAUUGGAUGAAAGGCGAAAAGUUUAUUGAGGAUUUGGAUGAAAAUCGUGUUUGGGAAAGUGAUAUAAGAGUUCUUAAGGAACAUCUUGGAGAACAAGAAGUUUCCAUCUCGUUAAUCCUGGAUUCAGUGGAAGAAGGAGACCUCGGAAAUUACUCGUGUUAUGUUGAAAAUGGAUAUGGCCGCAGACACGCCACCGUUAUUCUACUUAAAAGGGAGCUAAUGUAUACCGUUGAGCUUGCUGGUGGACUUGGUGCUAUUCUGCUGCUACUUGUUUGUUUAGUGACCAUCUACAAAUGCUACAAGAUUGAGAUUAUGCUGUUCUACCGGAAUCAUUUUGGUGCUGAAGAAUUAGAUGGAGAUAACAAAGACUAUGAUGCAUAUCUGUCAUACACCAAAGUGGAUCCUGACCAGUGGAAUCAGGAAACUGGGGAAGAAGAACGAUUUGCUCUAGAGAUCUUACCAGAUAUGCUUGAAAAGCACUAUGGGUACAAGUUGUUUAUUCCAGAUAGAGAUCUGAUUCCAACUGGAACAUACAUUGAGGAUGUGGCAAGAUGUGUAGACCAAAGCAAGCGAUUGAUCAUUGUCAUGACUCCAAAUUAUGUAGUAAGAAGAGGAUGGAGUAUCUUUGAACUGGAAACAAGACUUCGAAACAUGUUAGUUACUGGAGAAAUUAAAGUGAUACUGAUUGAAUGCAGUGAACUCCGAGGAAUUAUGAACUACCAGGAAGUUGAGGCCCUGAAACAUACCAUCAAGCUCCUUACUGUUAUUAAAUGGCAUGGACCAAAAUGCAACAAGUUGAAUUCCAAAUUCUGGAAACGUUUACAAUAUGAAAUGCCUUUUAAGAGGAUAGAACCCAUCACACAUGAGCAGGUUUUAGAUGUCAGUGAACAGGGACCUUUUGGGGAACUGCAGACAGUCUCAGCAAUUUCCAUGGCUGCUGCUACCUCCACUGCUCUGGCCACUGCCCAUCCUGACCUGCGCUCCACCUUUCACAAUACAUAUCAUUCCCAGAUGCGCCAGAAACACUAUUAUCGAAGCUAUGAAUACGAUGUACCUCCUACUGGCACCCUGCCUCUUACCUCAAUAGGUAACCAGCAUACCUACUGCAACAUCCCUAUGACACUUAUUAAUGGGCAGCGGCCACAGACUAAAACUAACAGAGAGCAGAAUCCCGACGAGGCUCAUACAAACAGUGCGAUACUGCCACUCUUACCACGGGAAACCAGUAUAUCAAGUGUCAUUUGGUGA